AUGAGCAACGUUUCGCAGUGCACGGCAUGCGGGACGCUCACGAUGCUAUCGUACUGCCCCAAGUGUGACGCCCCGACGCACCUCUACGCCCCGCAACUGCGCCAUCAGCCCUCGCAGCCACUGCUGCAGCAACAGCAGCGGCACCCGCAGUCAUUUCCAAUACUUCAUUGCGACCCGCCGCAGAAGUCACACGUCAACAUGUCGCCGAACCACUCAAGCAUGUGCGGUGGCCGCUCUCCGUCACGCAUCCUCCACCGCUCUGACGUGAUGGAGGAAGACACGUCGAAGAAAGCACUAACACUGGACGAGCUCGAGAGCCUCUACCGGGCAAACCAGCGCCGCCGCGAGGAGGGGGUGGUGUCGUAUGCGCUACAGGAGGAGAUGAACGCCAUCAAGAGGGAGCGCGACGCAGCUGCUGCUGAGCGUGACGACAUGGAGAGGCGCCUUGCGAAGCUUCACCACCAGCUCGAGGUGGAGCGGCAGCAGAUGAUGCAGUCCGCGAGCGAUAUCCGCGACCUGCACGAGAGUACGGAGCAGGUGCGAAGAAGCGAUCAGGAGCAUCUCCAGAGCCUCCGCGAUGAGAACAGCACGUUGCGGAAGGAAAACGAAAUGCUAGUGGACGCCCUCAAGGAGGCACAGGGCGAGGCAAUUGCCUCCAAGCAUCAGGAGCGCAUCAUGCAGGAGGCCCUCAACAACGCGAAGAUGGCUGCCACAGUGAACGACGAGGAGUUGUCGCACCUUCACGAACAGAUCGACGACCUCCAGCAGCUCCUCCAGCUGGCAAAACGGGCUAAGGAAAAGGUGGAGGAUGACGCUGCGGCGAUCGAAGAGACCCUCAAAAAAAUAGAAGACGACAACGAAAAGUUAUUGCGCCAAAACAUGCAACAAGCAGAGGAGACUCAGUACCAAAUGCAGCACUCUGCAGAACUCCAACAAAGCAUAAAUGAGAUGCUGGAAAACGAAAGUUCAGCACAAAAACAAAGUGACGCCAUGCAAGGGGAAAUCCAAAAACUCGGCAAGGACGUUGAGCAGCUGAGGGCUGAAAACCAAACGCUCAGCACGGAGGCCGAGAAGCUGAAGGAGGCGAACGCGUGCCUCAGCGCUGAGAAUGAGCGUCUCGGCGGUGACGUCGAUCACCUCGGCAAGGACGUUGAGCAGCUGCGGGCUGAAAAUCAAACGCUCAGCACGGAGGCUGAGAAGCUGAAGGAGGCAAACGCGUGCCUCAGCGCUGAGAAUGAGCGUCUCGGCGGUGACGUCAAUCACCUCGGGAAGGACGUUGAGCAGCUGAGGGCUGAAAAAAAAGAGCUUUGCGAGGUUGACAACGAUCUUAGGAGAGGAAACAGUAAUCUGAGGUCGGUUGUGGAGGAGCUGAGUGCAGUGAAUAGCCACCUAAAAGAUGAGAACGGGGAUCUUGUUCUGCGUAUGGAGCGUCUUCAGGGUGAGAAUAUGUCCCUGGUGAGUGCGAAAGAACAACUUGAGGAGAGCAAAGCUGCCGCUUUAGAUGAUAUUAAAAAACUGUGUGCAGAGAAUGAGAAACAGCGUGAAGAAUUAAUCGAGGCUAGUAGCACACUAAGUGAUUUGCAAGUGUCUCUGACCUCCCUUCAGAUGAGAGAAGAACAUAAUUUGGCUGCGCUCAGAGGAAGGAAUGCUGUUUUGGAGGCGGAGGUCAGUGAAUUAAAAAUGAUUAUUGGGGAAGCACGCCGCGCUGUCAACUUGGAGAAAAAGCGUGUGCUGGAUGCUGUUGUGGAUGCCUCGAAGGAGCGUGAACGAUCGGCGGAACUUGGCGUGCUGUGUGAUAAGCUGAGCAGCGAGAACCGCGCUGCGGAUGGCGAGAUUGGGCGGUUGCUACGGGUGGUAGACGAGUAUGAGACGAGGCUACUUGUUGUUGGAGGCCACUCGCGUGGCGGCGGCAAGGGCGUGGAGCGGGAGGGCUACGCUGUAUACCCCGUUGCCAAAAAUGGGCGGGUGUCCGUUAACGAGAGCGGCGUACCGCUUGGCGUCUACCGUGACUGA